AUGUUGGAGCUACGGUCAGCCUGGCCUUCCUUCUCUCAUGCCAAGGUGCGUGGAUGCUCUGAAUCUGUGCACACGUUCCCAGCCUGGUUCCCAGUUACCGAGUGUUUACAAUAUGGCUUUGAUCGUAUCCAUUCGCCAGAUUUAACGCUAGAACCGGCUCAUCUGAGGCCCUUCAUCUCCCACAUCAAGUCCAAGCUGAAGAAGGAGCAAAAGGAACGGGAAAAGAAGGAAAACCCUUCGACUCCUGCUCCAAAGCCGAAGGCCAAAGCAACUGCUUCUACACUGCAGGAGCAUGGGAGUGCCUUGCAAGAGGAGAUGGCGGGUCACCCAUUGAGUGGCCUCGUUCCAUCUUCCAUUCAUCGCUUUGAAGAAAACGGUCAAUUGGCAGAACUCGAGUAUUUGAGGGGCAGGGAUGUUCUUCGCUACUUGCUGCGAAACUAUCCGUGGACUCUUCUGGGUGGCUUGGACCCUGGAGAGGAUGCCCAAAACAUGCUAGAAACCUUUUGGGGGCUUUACAGAAAAGAGCAUCCCACCCACCAGAUUUUUCAAUUGGCCGAUGACAAUGACAGCACAGUCCGUUUGAGAUAUUGUGUGCCUUUGAUGAUCCACGGUGAUGGUGGCCGUACUUUGAAAAAGCAACCUCUUGAAGUAAUCAGUCUGCAUCCAGUUCUUGGAAUAGACACUGUGAAAAAAAAUGCCACUGAUUCUUUUCAGUGCACAUGUCAGACUAGAAAAACCUAUGGUGGUUUUGACACAGCCCACCCAUUGGCGCAGAAACUCAAUUCCAAGCACCUCACCUAUUUGACAUACUUCUUGCUGUGCGCGUUCCCCAGCAAGAAGUUCAAGAAACUUCCUGGGCUUUUGCUGUCUGUGCUUGGGGCUAUCUCCCACGAUUUGGGGACACUAUCAGUAGAUGGCAUAGCCCUUGACAAUGGUCAGGUCUAUCACUUUGCUAUUUUGGGUAUGAUCGGAGACCUGGAGUACCAUGCCAAAACAGGUGUGCUGAACCGUUCUUAUCAAAAUGUUGGGCACAAGAACUUUAUUCCUUGUUGCCACCUAUGUGCUGCUGGCGGUAUCAACCAUCCAUUUGAGGAUUUUCGCGAGGAUGCCUCCUGGAAGGGUACUCUGUUUCACUCUCCUCCGUGGAACAGCCCGCCGCCGUUUCAACAUGUGCUGUUUGAGGAUUGGUCGACAGGUUUGGCAGCUAGAUGGUUCAGGUUGGACCCCUUCCACUUGUUUCGGCUGGGUGUUGCACGAAACUUCAUAGCAUCUUCUGUGAUGCUGCUGGCCUUUGAAUGUUUUUUUGACUUUGUUGCUGGGGACUCCAAAUCAGUUGAUGCCAGGCUUGAGCGUGCAUGGGCACAGUUUUCUUUGUGGUGUGAUGCGCAUUCGGCCAGGCCGACAGGCAUUCGUGCAUUUACCCGUGAAAAGUUUCACGCAGCAAAGAAGACAACCUUUCCAUGGGUUGGCUGCAAAGGAUCUGAUUCAAUCGUUUUGUUGAGGUGGCUAAAAUGGUGCUCCGGCCUACAUCUUGUGAGCAAUCCAGACUCGCAGCUGCUUCACUAUAUCCACCGGGCAUGUGAGCAGGGCCUUUCUUUGCAGGGGAUUCAUCGUCAUGGGGUUUGGUUCACAAGUAGUUGCCGCAUCAAGCUGCAAAAGAACUGUCAACAAUUUAUUCAUUCAUACGCGUGGCUUGCGCAAUUGUGCCUUCAACGUCGGUUGCAGCUUUUUGCACAAGUGCCUAAAAUGCAUGGCAUGGCACAUAUUCAACACAGGCUCUCUGUGUGCGCUCUGGAUGAGUUUUGCUGGAACCCAGCAAAUGACGAUUGUAGCAUGGCAGAGGACUUUGUUGGAAGAAUCGCAAGACAGAGCCGACGGGUGGGACACAAACAUGUUGUUGCAAACACGGUUCAUGCUUACAAGGUGAAGGCAAAGAUUGCACUCAUGCGUUUUCAUCGGAAGCGGAAGCUCGACACUACCUGAAGCUAGAAAAAAAGUGCGUGGGAUAGGGAUCGAACCACGUCGGGCCGCUCACCAA